AUGUUUGUAUGUUUCAUAUUGCUCCAACAACAACAAAUAUUGGCUCAACCUAUUGAAACAGUAGCACUGCUGACACAGCCUCAAAAUCCAUUGGAGACAUCAGUGGAUGCAAUUAAUAUUGACAACACCAAAGUGCGAAAAACUCGUCAUUUGAUUGGGGGCGGUGGUGGUGGUGGUAUUGUUGGAGGUGGUGUAGUUGGUGGCUUCGUUGGUGGUGUUACUGCACCAGUUUAUACAACACCCAUACAAACUGUUCCGAUAAUACAGACUGUGCCUGUUAUUACCACAGUUCCCGUCGUUUCGACCAUUUCAACAGUACAAACAAUACCAUCUUAUGCCUCUGGUUAUGGUUAUGGUGGAUAUGGAAGUGGAGGUUUUAUUGGUGGUGGUCUUGGUUUUGGAAAAGUUCAAUUUAAAGCGAAGGGAUUUGGUGUUGGCGGACUUGGUGGCGGUAUCUUCGGUUGA